GGAAUUCAGUAACCCCUCCCGUGAAAGUGCGUAUUUGAGAGUGCGCACAGGAGCGGGCGCUCGCACUCCAGCUCUGUCUGCGUUCAGUCAGUCCCAAGCGCUUCUGACCCUCGCUCCUCUCUGGACAUUUCUCUUUUGCAGCCGAGCAACCCAUAAGCAGCCAUGGAUGCCAUUAAGAAGAAGAUGCAGAUGCUCAAGCUCGACAAGGAGAACGCCUUGGACAGAGCUGAGCAGGCUGAGGGAGACAAAAAGGCAGCGGAGGACAGGAGCAAACAGCUUGAGGAUGACCUCCUGGCACUGCAGAAGAAACUGAAGGGCACGGAGGAUGAGCUCGACAAAUAUUCUGAGGCUCUUAAAGAUGCACAGGAGAAACUGGAGCUGGCUGAGAAGAAAGCCGCAGAUGCUGAGGGUGAUGUAGCUUCCCUGAACAGACGUAUCCAGCUGGUUGAGGAGGAGUUGGAUCGCGCACAGGAGCGUUUGGCCACUGCCCUGCAGAAGCUGGAGGAGGCCGAGAAGGCUGCCGAUGAGAGCGAGAGAGGCAUGAAGGUCAUUGAGAACAGAGCUCUGAAGGAUGAGGAGAAGAUGGAGAUCCAGGAGAUCCAGCUCAAGGAGGCCAAACACAUUGCUGAGGAGGCCGACCGCAAAUACGAGGAGGUGGCCCGUAAGCUGGUGAUCGUUGAGGCUGAGCUGGAGCGCACAGAGGAGCGCGCUGAGCUGAAUGAGAGACGCCUUCGAAGAUUAGAGGAUGAGCUUCGAGUGUUGGACCAAACCUAUAAGUCAUUAAAGGCAUCAGAAGAACAGUACUCACAGAAAGAAGACAAAUACGAGGAGGAGAUCAAGGUCCUCACUGACAAACUAAAGGAGGCCGAGACCCGUGCCGAGUUCUCUGAGAGGUCAGUCACCAAGCUUGAGAAGACCAUUGAUGACCUUGAAGAUGAGUUGUAUUCCCAGAAACUCAAGUACAAAGCCAUCAGCGAGGAGCUGGACCACGCUCUCAACGACAUGACUUCAAUGUAAUUCAUCUGCGGUCUCUGCCUGUGCCUGUGCCCCUCCCCCAUUACCCAUAAUCCCCCCUCACCCGCUCUGAAUAAGGUCUUGUAUCUUCAGUUCACACACUAUAUGACUCAUUCUUCUGUUUAAAAACUCUAUCUCUAACUCUACAAUGCUUAUGGUUCCUGUACUGUUAUUUGAGGUAUUUGAAGUAUUUGCUUAUUGCAAAUUUGUCCAUGGGUGUUAAUGUUAAGGCCAUGGCUUGUAGAGUCAGUGUAUAGGAGUUUUGUGAUUUGAAUUCAUAACUAUUGUAUUUCUUCAUUUGAAAUAAUAUUGUGAGAAAACAAAACUCCUAACUCUCAAAUGUUUGGUUCAAUUGUUGCUGGUCAGUACUAGGUCUGGGUGAUAUAGCUUUAAAAGUUAGUUUAUUUAUAUUUU